CGGAUCUGAGCCUGGAGUCUGCAGGACCGAGCCUGGAUGAACCUGGAGUGUGCAGGAUGUCCUGGACCUCAGCGCUGCUGAUGUGGCGGAACGACAUGCAGAUUUGAUGAAAGCAUUUCCAGUUUGUUACUGAUGAGAUUAGUGUCUUCUGUAACUCCAAUUGAAGGCAGGGCGCUGGGGUUUAUUUCGGCGGUGUAUGUUGAAUUAUGAACGCGAUCAGUCAAACUACACAAACAUAGCAGCCAAACAAAAUGGAUUAUCGACGUAAAAAGAAACUGACUUUCUUCACCAUUGGACUCAUUUUUCUCCUUAGUGGUGUGGAAUAUGCGGUGAUAUUACCAACAAUAUGGAGGUAUUUGCAGACUUUAGAUGCAGCUCCUUACUUCCUGGGUUUAACCCUGUCAGCCUUCAGUCUCAGUGGGCUGUUGUCAGGACCGCUCUUUGGCCACUGGUCUGACAGAACUCAGACCACAAAGAAGAUCAUCUUGAUUGCAAAUCUUUUCGAAGUACUUGGUAAUUUAAUGUACUUCAUGGGCUACUCCAAGUGGCUCUUACUGUCCAGUCGACUUGUAGCAGGCAUUGGUGCAGGCGCCGGCUCGUCCAUCUUCAGCUUCCUGACCAGAAGCACGGCUCCAGAGGACCGGGCCACUGUAUUUGCUGCUGUUAUGGCAUGUCGACAAGCUGGCCUUCUAGUCGGUCCGGCAUUUAACAUAUUUUUGAGGCUGUGUGACUUCUCCUUGGGUCCUUUUGUUGUCAACAAAUAUACUUCACCUGGGUUGUUCAUGUGCCUGCUGUGGAUUCUCCUUCAGCUGGCGGUGGUCUUCAUGUACUGGGACCUCCCACCUCUGGAAAGGAGGCCGACUAAUGAUACUUUGAUACCAAAACAAGAGGAGAAUAUAUACGGCUCCAUGGCAGACGGGGAAAAAGUGGAGGAAGAAGUGAAGCUGCUAGUGGGGUCCCAGGAGCUGGUGGGGUCCUACGGCUCCGUGGUGGCAUCCAGCCCGUUCAAGAACGCUCCUGCCGCCCCAAACUCCUCGCUGAAUAAUCCUACUCCACCCGCCUCUCCUGGGACACAGCAAACCCAUAAGGGCUUCAGACCCUUCAAGAAUUCCAGGUUAUCCCGAGAGUUCCUGAGAGAAGAGGUGGUUGUACUGCUGGCUGCCCAAUUCAUCACCCUAUUCAAUCAGACGGCGCUGGAGACUAUGGUGACCCCUCUGACUCAGAAAUAUUUUAAUUUCGGGGAGCUGGAGAACAGUGUGAUGUACUGUCUCGGCGGUGUGGUGGUGAUCGCUGGAUUCCUGUUUGUGCGUUGGCUGAGCUGCCAUGUGGAAGAGCGUGUGGUUCUUGCCAUCGGUCUGACCAUCUGCAACAUCUCCUGUAUUUGGUGCCUCAUAUUCCUGGCAAACCCGCUGGGUGGCUUUUCUUGGCAGCUGACAGAAUUCAUUAUUGGGGUAUUUCUGCAGGUUUUGGGUUUACCAUUUGUAGCUGUGGCCCAGGUUUCCCUCUUCUCUAAAGUUACUGCUGAGAGAACUCAAGGUUUCAGUCAAGGUGUACGUCGCUCCGUGGGGGGUCUAGCUACCAUCCUGGGCCCUUUGUGGGCUGGUGGCCUCACUGAGAGCAUGUAUAUAAUGAUGGGUGUGAUGGUGGUGCUGCUGGCGCUUCUCACGAUGAUGGUGGCGUUCUCAUACAACCGGCUGGUGGAACCUGCAGAAGGGCAAAUGGACAAUUCUGAUGAGUCAGGUUAAAACUGUAGGUGCUCCAUGCAGGAAACAUUACAAGAUCUCCAGUCCUGCUUCUCCAGUCUGCUCUACUGCGUACGGGGCGACGGCACAUCACACCAAGAGAAUGCAACUUGCUGGGUGAAGCAUUGACUUGUCACUAAAAGUUAGUUAAAGGACUGACAAGGAAUAUGUAUAAUAUAUUUCCCAUGGAAAUAUAGAAUUUUGCUAACAACAAAUGUUAAAAUGUUGUACAAAAAUGUCCUCCAUCAAAAGUACCUACAAGGUGAACUGCAACUCCUGCACAUUCUGUUUCAGAAAAGGUUAUGUCCUACUGGUUUAGUUGAGAGGAAAGUCUCAGCGGUAAUAUUUAAUUCCGAUUUUUAACAGUCCUUUAAAAUGUUUUAUUCCUGUAGUGUAUUUCCUUAGAAGUUACCCUUAAUAUUAAUGUAAAUGUUUGAUUAUAUAAUUUGUGUGGGAUCAAUCUGUCCCCCAAAAAGCUGCUAAUACAAGUGAAAAAAUAAAGAUAAAAAGAUAAAAAAACAACAUCAUAGGAAAAUAGUAUCACUGAACUACUUGUACUCAGAUAGUUUUUUUCACAUGUUUAAAUUUUAAUAAAACAAGUAAUAAUAAUAAUAAUAAUAAUAAUAAUAAUACUAAUACCAUUUACAAACAUUUAUGAAAAAUCUGAAAAGUGAAAGAGCACAGUUCAAGAUGUAUUCUAUUUGUUCAUUUACAUUUUUUUAACAUGACAGCCUUUUACACUAGGGAUUUUGGAUAUCUUUCAUAAUUAGCUGUAAUUUAAUUUAUUCUUCUUUUUAAAACUCUUCAUAAAUUUCCAGUUUGACUGCUAGGUUUGUAGUUCAUGUACACUUGUGAAUUAAAAUUGUUUCCCUUUGUCCCAUUAAACACAUAUUAAUGCACAUUAUGUAUAAGGGAACUUUUAUUAAGAGACCAUUAAAAUUCUAAACUAUUUACUUAUGGAAAAUAAACAAGUCAUUUAACACAAAUGAACAAGCCGAAUGAGGUUAGAUGAGGUUAGUCCGAUGAGGCACCACAGGCCAUAAUUAGCACCGGAAUACAAUAAGUGAAAAACCCCAGCACUUCAGACUUGAAUGUGUUUUGUAUUUUAGACAAUUUCAUUUCACUUGUAUGAGGGAAGAUAAUUAAGCAAAAUAGCCUACAUGCACAAAAAAACAAUGUUGCUUUAUCUCUCCUCAACGGGAGUUUCACAUAACAUUAUAAUGAUUAGCUGACGAAAUUUGCAGUUUCAGCUGAAUCAUUCUACAACUUCAGGAAAUCAAUUUAAAAAGACAUUAGCAACAUCUUUAUUUAUUUUGCAAGUCAUACAUAAAGGUUGCAGCUGGAAUUUCUUAUCUGCUUUAAAAAAUGUGUUGAAUAAUAAACUGUUAACCCCUUUUUGUUUUGUUCACUUGUGAUGUAAUGCAUAGUUUCGCCACAGGUGGACGCUCUUAGUCUUUUUAUUCUGAAAACAUCAUCCCCAACAGUUUUGAGUCCUGCGUGUGUGUGUGUGUGUGUGUGUGUGUGUGUGUGUGUGUGUGUGUGUGUGUGUGUGUGUGUGUGUGUGUGUGUGUGUGUGUGUGUGUGUGUGUGUGUGUGUGUGUGUGUGUGUGUGUGUGUGUGUGAGCUUCUUCAGCGCUCUGGUACAGUGGCACAUGUGAGCCAAGCUUAGCUCUGGUGAACAAAAUCAGUCUUUUACGAGUUUUACGAGGCAGCGUCGAACUUUCACAUGAAUCUAAACAAUUUUAACCAAACGCUUUAUUCCAUGCAUUGUAUCUUGUUAAACUGUUGAUAUUUUAUACAAAUAUAUAAAAUAUGUAAUGACAAACUGACACCUGUUUAUUUCUUAUUUAAUAAGCAUUCAUUUGAGUUGAUAAUAUAGGAGGACAACCCCUUCUUUUUUUAUAUAUAUAUUUUUAUCCCUGUUUUUUCCCCCAUUUUAUCACCCAGUGCUCCUACCUAAGUAAGUAAGUAAGUUAUUUUUUUUUAAACUAAAAUUAAAGGCCAACUUUGACUUUAUUUCA